AUGCACAGUAGAGAAAAACCAUACACCUGUCCUAUCUGUGGGAAAGCCUUCAGCAGGCAAUUUAUUGUCAGGGAGCAUGAGAGAAUGCACAGUAGAGAAAAACCAUACACCUGUCCUAUCUGUGGGAAAGCCUUCAGCAGGCAAUUUAUUGUCAGGGAGCAUGAGAGAAUGCACAGUAGAGAAAAACCAUACACCUGUCCUAUCUGUGGGAAAGCCUUCAGCAGGCAAUUUAUUGUCAGGGAGCAUGAGAGAAUGCACAGUAGAGAAAAACCAUACACCUGUCCUAUCUGUGGGAAAGCCUUCAGCAGGCAAUUUAUUGUCAGGGAGCAUGAGAGAAUGCACAGUAGAGAAAAACCAUACACCUGUCCUAUCUGUGGGAAAGCCUUCAGCAGGCAAUUUAUUGUCAGGGAGCAUGAGAGAAUGCACAGUAGAGAAAAACCAUACACCUGUCCUAUCUGUGGGAAAGCCUUCAGCAGGCAAUUUAUUGUCAGGGAGCAUGAGAGAAUGCACAGUAGAGAAAAACCAUACACCUGUCCUAUCUGUGGGAAAGCCUUCAGCAGGCAAUUUAUUGUCAGGGAGCAUGAGAGAAUGCACAGUAGAGAAAAACCAUACACCUGUCCUAUCUGUGGGAAAGCCUUCAGCAGGCAAUUUAUUGUCAGGGAGCAUGAGAGAAUGCACAGUAGAGAAAAACCAUACACCUGUCCUAUCUGUGGGAAAGCCUUCAGCAGGCAAUUUAUUGUCAGGGAGCAUGAGAGAAUGCACAGUAGAGAAAAACCAUACACCUGUCCUAUCUGUGGGAAAGCCUUCAGCAGGCAAUUUAUUGUCAGGGAGCAUGAGAGAAUGCACAGUAGAGAAAAACCAUACACCUGUCCUAUCUGUGGGAAAGCCUUCAGCUAUUCAUCUUAUCUUCAGGAGCAUAAGAGAACCCACACUGGGGAGAAGCCGUAUGUGUGUCAGCGCUGCGGGAAAGCCUUUGUUAAGUCAUCCAAUCUUAGGGUGCAUGAGAGAACACACACUGGGGAGAAGCCCCAUGUGUGUCAGCUCUGCGGAAAAGCCUUUGUGAGGUCGACUGGUCUUAGGGUACACAAGAAAACACACACUGGGGAGAAGCCAUACGCGUGUCCUUGGUGUGGGAAAGCCUUCACUAGGUCAUCGCAUCUUGAGGAGCAUAAGAGAACGCAUACUGGAGAGAAACCACACGAAUGUCACCUCUGCAGGACAGCCUUCGCUAGGGUGGCUCACCUUAAGAAGCAUGAGAGAAUGCAUGCUGCAGAGAAAGCAUAUGAGUGUCAGCGCUGCGGGAAAGCCUUCAGUCACGCAAGGGCCCUGUGGCAGCAUAAGAGAACCCACACUGGGGAGAAGCCGCAUGCGUGUCAGCGCUGCGGGAAAGCCUUUGUGAGGUCCGCUAGCCUCCGGAUGCACGAGAAAACACACACUGGGGAGAAGCCACACGCGUGCCCUCGGUGUGGGAAAGCCUUCACUAGGCCAUCGCAUCUUAGGGAGCAUACGAGGACGCACACAGGAGAGAAGCCGUACGAGUGUGGCCUCUGCGGGAAAGCCUUUGUGAGGUGUUCUAAUCUUAAGGACCACGAGCAAACGCACAGUGCCGAGAAGCCAGAGU